GCAGCAACCUCGUUCGAGGAGAAACCCGAAGACGACGGAUCACUCAGAGCUCGACCACCGUGCCGCGCAUAACUGCUUCCUGUUUCUUCUCAUAUUUUCUUACUCGUGUUGUUAUUGUUAUUGUUGUUAUUGUUAUUGUUAUUGUUGUUAUUGUUGUUAUUGCAUUUUUUCGCGUCUACCUUUUAAAAUCCAGUUCUGUUUUUUUUUAUUUCUUCUUGCUUUUUAAACGAAAUUUCAAUCUAACAACAUUCAACAUUUCAUUCAUUGAUUUAUUUUCACACGACGUUAGAAUUCUUGUAAUAAACGUGUAUAUCGAUAUACAUUUUAAUUUAUUUUUAUUUUAUUUUAUUUUUUUUUGAGUGUUUUGUGAACUAUGAUACUUCAUCAAGGAUAUCGAAAUAUUUAGGAAUCAUCAAAUCAACCCCCCAUCGAGAGUAAAAGUUUAGACGAUUACUAAACGGGAUCAUCGUGGAAUUGUUCCUAGGAUUUUAAUUAUUCUAAACAUGUCGAAGUCGGGAAGCAUCAAAGAUGCCGAAAAGGGUCCAUACGAUCCUGUACCAACCAAUAAUGAGACCGGAGGGGAUGAAAUUAAACUCGAAGCAAAAAUGUCACUUCUCAAUGGUGUCACCGUGAUCGUUGGUUCAAUCAUUGGUUCUGGCAUAUUUGUCAGUCCAACUGGUGUAUUAAAACAUACCGGAAGUGUCAAUGCUAGCCUUCUGGUAUGGACUGCUUCAGGAAUCUUUUCUAUGAUAGGUGCCUACUGUUAUGCCGAAUUAGGUUGCAUGAUCAGAAAAUCUGGAGCUGAUUAUGCAUAUAUUAUGACAACGUUUGGACCAUUCAUGGCAUUUGUCAGACUAUGGAUUGAAUGUAUGAUAGUACGUCCUUGCAGUCAAGCUAUCGUUGCAUUGACCUUCAGCAUUUACGUUUUGAAACCUUUCUUUCCUGACUGUACACCACCAGAAGAUGCUACAAGAUUACUUGCAGCUUGCUGUAUAUGUAUAUUGGCGUUUAUUAAUUGCUGGGACGUUAAUUGGGCAACAAAAGUUCAAGACAUCUUUACAUAUGCUAAACUUCUCGCACUUUUUAUCAUAAUCUGUACAGGAGCCUAUCAACUGUUCACCGGACACACGGAACACUUUACAUUCGAUAAUACUAAAACGGAGAUAACAUCAAUUGCACUGAGCUUUUAUUCAGGAUUAUUUGCAUACAAUGGUUGGAAUUAUUUAAACUUUAUCAUCGAAGAAUUGAAAGAUCCGAUCAGAAAUUUACCAAAAGCUAUUGCAAUUUCUUGCACCUUGGUUACCAUUGUCUACGUUUUAACAAACAUGGCGUUUUAUACCACGUUGAGUCCUGUCGAAGUUUUGGGCAGUGGUGCUGUUGCUGUUACGUUUGCCAAUCAUUUGUUCGGAGUAAUGGCAUGGACAAUACCAGUGUUCGUAGCAUUGUCAACAUUUGGUGCAGUUAAUGGAAUUCUAUUGACGUCUUCUCGACUUUUUUAUGCUGGUGCAUGCGAGGGACAAAUGCCAGAAAUACUUACGAUGAUACAAGUUUCGAGAUUGACACCAACGCCAGCUGUUAUUUGUAUGGCACUAUUGUCAAUGUUAUACUUGUGCUCUUCCGACAUCUUUGCAUUGAUCAACUACGUCGGCUUUGCCACUUGGUUAAGCAUAGGAGUAUCUGUAUUAUGUCUACCAUGGUUAAGAUGGGCCCAACCAAAUUUGCCAAGACCAAUUAAAGUUAAUCUUGCAUUUCCAAUUGUUUACAUUAUUGCCACACUAUUCGUCACGGUUGUUCCAAUGUAUAUUACACCUUUAGAAACAGGAUAUGGUUGUUUGAUGAUUUCAUCAUCGGUGCCAGUGUACUUUGGAUUUAUUUCGUGGAAGAACAAACCGAAAUUUUUCGUCAAAGCUGUCGUAGGCACCACUAAAUUCCUACAGAAGAUAAUGGUGGUCGUUGGGAAGUCAAAACCAGCUCAGGUCUAAUUGCCUCGCUUUUCGUUACAAAGAAAAAAGAAAAAAUAAAAGAAGAAGAUGAAGAUGAAGAUGAAGAUGAAGAUGAAGAUGAAGAUGAAGAUGAAGAAGAUGGAACGAAGAGAAGAAAAGAGAAGACACAAGAGAAGAAAGGGGUUAGGAAUUAAAAGUGUCCUAGGACAAGAGGCAGCCAUAUUGAAGUAGGACACUAUUCAAAUCCAAUCCCUUAAAUUCUUGUCUUCCUUUCAUUUCCUCAUCCCAUUUAACACAUUCAUCAUUAUUCUCAUUUUAUUUGAUUAUUUUUAACUCAUUUUUUUUUUUUUUUUUACAAGACAUAAUACACACCCAUUUCGCAUUUUAAGAAAAACCAUCAAUAUUGUAGGUUAGGUUAUAAUUAUUUUUUAUUUUUUAAUAACAUUCCAACGAAUGUUCUUUAACUUUUACUUUUAUUUUUUUAUCCGUUUUAUUCGACAAGAUUUCGAUUAGAAAGGAAAAGAAUAUAAACCUUGGCCUAAAAAAGAAACAAAACAAAAACAAAAAACAAAAAAAAAAUGCCAG